AUGCCUUCACCUCUUCGGUUCCGCUCACCACAUCGCCGCGAGAAGGACGCCCCCGUCAUUCCGCGGACACCCAAGUCACCUCGUGGGGAAUACACUGGGGAACCUGUACCGGAAGAAGGCUCAACCGCUAAGCGCCACCGCUUGAAAACUGUCUUCAGCGUCCUCCUUCUGGCGGCUGCCCUCUCGUGGGCUCUCUUCAGCUAUCGGCAGAAGCUCCUCCCCGCAUUCCCGUCCCCAGACUGGAAGACCACCAGCACUGGGCGUGUGAACAAUUUCAAACCCAAGACAUUCGCGCCGCCCUUCGGCGAGGCCCCUUCAGUGUUUACGGAUCAAUAUGAAUUCCAGCUCCAAGGGGCCCGAGGCGAUCGCGCGUGGCUGCGCAUGUUUCCGAAGGGAGACGGAAGAAUAUCUGUCCGUUAUCCGAGGAAGUAUGGACUGCCGUCGAGUGCGGCUGCGGUCGAUGGAGAUGGCCACUCAAUUUCGGAUACCGAGAUAUAUGAUGUCGCUAUCGUGAGGCAAUUGGAGUGCCUGGCAUUUAUCCGCCAGAUAUUGAUUGACUACGACCACGAACAACACCCUCACGUCCAUGAGAGAGCACAAGUCUUUCACUGCCUUGACCACGUCCGACAAGCCCUCCUCUGCGCCGCCGACACGACGCCGGAACCCACGCGUGACGGCGGUGUGGUUUCGUCCCCGAACAGCCCGCAUCACUACGUCGGACAUCAGAAGACGGUGGGCAAUCGCAGCGGGGAGUCCCAGAGCGCGUUGCACUCGUGCAAGAACUGGACGGCGGUGAGGACUUGGAUUGAGGAGAACAGAGUGGCGGGAGUUGAAUGA